GCGCUCGCCCAAUCAGAACGCUGUUGCUAGCAGCGCUUUAUAUUUUUAGCACUCGGUCUUCUCACCAGAAUGUUGUAUGAGCCGCUCACUACGCACACACCCGACGGUAUCACUGCGCUCGCUCCCAGAAAAGGACAAACUAGUCCCCGUGACGUCGGCAGUAACCCUUUCGUUGCCGCGGCCCUAGGAUAGACACAGAGAGAGGGGCUCGCUUGUUUGGGUGUUUACGGUGACACGGUGGUCAUAUGGAAUCCAAAUGACAUGAUGUGGGUACAUAGAAGACUCAGCCAGGAACUGAAUAUUGCGUUCUUUCUCUGACAUGUGAAAAGUUUUUCUAAAUGACAGAGAAUAUGCAUCUGGAGAUUAAGGUCGCCCUAAAUUUUAUUAUAUCAUACCUAUACAAUAAGCUUCCAAGACGAAGAGCUGAUCUGUUUGGUGAAGAGCUAGAGAGGCUUUUAAAAGGCAAAUACGAAGGGCACUGGUACCCUGAAAAACCACUGAAAGGAUCUGGCUAUCGAUGUGUUCACAUUGGUGAAACCGUGGAUCCAGUCGUGGAGCAAGCGGCACGCAGAAGUGGUCUUGAUAUAGAAGAUGUAAGAGCAAACGUACCAGAAGAGCUGAGUGUUUGGAUUGAUCCAUUCGAAGUGUCUUACCAAAUUGGAGAGAAGGGAACAGUGAAAGUGUUGUAUUUGGAAGAUGUAGAGAGCAGCACGGAGCUGGACAAAGAAAUAAAGAGUAGCUUCAAUCCGGAGGCACAAGCAUUCAUCCCAAUUACAAGCCAAGAGGCAUCACUGUCAAACUCUCCAUCUCCAUCCUUUGGUCAGUCUCCAAGUCCAACUUUCAUCCCUCGUGCCACUCAGCCAAUUACCUUUACUACUGCCACAUUUGCAGCCACCAAAUUCGGCUCAACUAAGAUGAAGAAAGGAGGUCAACGUAUGGCACGAUCACCCACCAAUAACCUCGCAAAGCACAAGAGCCUAUCUCUUUCCAUGCAUUCACUGAACUUCAGUCCAGCCCAGGGACCCCCAUCCCAGCUUUCUCCAAACGCCAAGGAGUUUGUAUUCAGUGGUCCACCGGGGCUAUUUUUUGAGGGGGAUAGCCAGAGCCUUCCAAGCCCUGGUCAGUUCGCCACACCCUUCAGCACUGGGAGCAGCCUGUUUAAUGAGAAAUCUCCUUUUGUGGAUGGGUUGAACUUCAGCCUACCCUACCCAAGCCAGCCGUUCCAGCCUGUUGUCCUGGCUAAUUGAGGUUGUCUACGAAAAUUUAUGUUUUGAAGAAUUGAAGAUUGACAUCUAAAAGUUGAAACUUUUUUUUUUUUGGCUUCUGAAAUAAAACAUGGUAACACAAAUAGAUAUUACUGGGAUACAAAGUACUUGGGUUGCAUUUCUACUGGACACUUGUGAAGUUCUCACCUUUUUACAAAAAGAUGAAUAUAUAUGUGAAACAUAGUUAUAGAGAUUAUAUGGAUAUCUAUAUUUUUUUUUUUCCCCCCCUCCCCUUACGAUUGGCUGCAUCAGAAUAAGCCUUGGAUAGUUUUGAAUUCUCCUCAGUAUGCCCAAAAGAGGAAGAGAAAAAGACUAUAUUGUUCUGCAUGGUUGUAUCAAAAGAACUGUGCCUGUGGCAGGGUUGCCAUGCUUGGAGUUUUGUAAUUUGUUUCACUUUCUUACGAUUUUGCCCUCUGCCAGCCUGGAGGAACAUCCCUUCUCACAUCUUGUGUUAUUGGGGUUAGAUUUCUUAUUUAUUUCUGUAUGAGUUCUUUUUCUAUUGUUACACCUUUUUGGUGUUGUCUGAUCAUUGUGCUCCCUUCUAUUUUUAUAUAUAAUUUUUUUAUAGAUAGAUAUAUUUUUUUUAAUUCACUAUAGCCAUGCAUUGGUACUUCAAUCUGGAGAAGGCAUCACACUUUAAAUGUAAGACUACUAUCUAGCUGCAGGAGUAAAGGUAGCCAUACACUUUAUUUAGCUGUCGGCUGUAUGCUGUCAGUCCGACUGCUAUUCUUCCUGCCAAACCUGCCCCCCCCCCCCCCACCUUUUAAACCACAUGCACACAGUAAGCAGCUCAUGUCAGCAGAUCAGAUUAAGGAAAAUGGGGUAAGACACAUUGGUCAGUGACUUAUCUAAGAACAAAAGGAUGGGAUGUGUUCAAAUUCAACAGUCUGGUCCUUCUUUUUUCCCAUUAUCUGCCGUUGGGGGGGAAAAGAAUUGACAUCCCAAUACACGUUAGCUGGUUGGCCAGUCUUGCCAGCUGUUGGCAACAUUGUGUAUGGCCACCUUAACUUGCCCUUUGAAGGGUAAAAAAGCAACCAUUUAUGAUCGAUGUAUUACCUCUGCAUAGAUGCAGCUGGGUCCUCAUGCAUAAAAACUAAUUUCACAAUAAGACAAAGUUCCAGUGUUGUCCAAACCAACCGGAUAUCCUCUUUGUAACAGUUAGUUAAAUCUGUUUGCUAUUGGAAAUGCUUGCACUUAAAUAAUUAUUUUUCUCUACUUUUAUGCAUAUUGCCCACUGCAUCCAUGCUAUGGCAGAUGAGCAAGUUGCGUGCAUUUAGCUGCUGUACAACAAAGUCCAUAGCUAGCAAGGAACUUGUAGCUUGUAUAGCAGUAAAAAGACUGCACUUAUCUACCUCCCCUUUUUAUUUUAUUUUUUUAUUUAUUUUUUGUCCUCCCAUACCCAAAGGUUAACUCCUCGAAGUUCUAUGAAUGUAUGUGGUGACAUUAUAGCAGUAUUGAAGCCUUGAUUCAUUUCUUGGUAGUAUAAGUGCUGUUGAAUAUGUUCUUUGAAGAUGUGGCUGAUAUUGGACAAGAGAGCACUUGCACUCUGAAAAAGAAAAUGCCGGUCAAGCCUUGAUUCUGCCUUAUAAAGGUACAGUGAAACCUCUCAAAAAGAGCAUUUCUAAAAAAGAAGAAAAAAUCCCAUAUCUGUAUAAUUUUGGAAUCCCUUUUAUUCUGUGAUAUUGGCCACCUUCGUUGAGAGGACCACCCAUUAGACAAUUUUUCACUACAGGUUUAAGCGUUCAUAUUUGAGGUUUUACUGUAUUCCCAGUGCAAACUUACAUUUAUGUUUGAUAUAUUUAACCGGUUCCUGUACCAGUAGAUAUGGCAUUCCUCCUUUCUCCAGCUAUGAAAAACUGGAAAUGGUUGUCUGACUCUUUUAUUUGAAAUUAAAUUUAAAUUCUGUUCUUCAGACAAGAACAAAGAUCGAAAUUACAUAUUACACACUUUUUUUUUUAUAUAUUCUAGUAUAAGACCAUGUUUUAUUGGUUUUGUUACUUUUUUUCUUUUUUUUUCUGAACUCUUUGUAUAGAAGGCAUAUGUACGAAUUGCGUAUAAUAUUCCUUGUCCAAAAUAGGCCAGCUGAGCCAAGUAAUGGCAUUGGGGAAAGACUAAUAUAUAUAAACAAAUUUUAUAUUAUAUCUUUAUAUUUUUAAGUGUUUAUAAAUUCAUUUUUAUUUAUUUUAUUUUCUAAGAUAUUUUUGGAAUAAAACUAGCAAGGAUCAGCAAUCAAAAUAUUAUUUAUAUAUACAUACACACCGUAUUUUCCGACGUAUAAGACGACUCCCAACUUUUACAGUUAAAAUAUAGAGUUUGGGAUAUACUCGCCUUAUAAGACUACCCCUCUACCGCGAUGUACUGUACCUUACCAGUGAUUGGCUGGUUGUUGUAUACAAAGCCUGCUUGGAUUGGUCAGCCCUCCCGGUCUCCAAGACUAUCAGAGACUAUCAUGCCUCUUUCACCCGUCUGGCCCGCCCUUGUAUUCCAUUACCGUACCUCCUUCUCCGCCUCUCUGAUCUCGCAAAUGCGCACCAGCGCCGCCUGUCAAAUAUCGCACAUUCACGCCUGAGCCUCCUCAGAUCUCGCACAUGCGUGCCUGCGCCGCUUCACUGCAAUCCUCAGGAGCGAGAUCUGAGAGGCAGAGGUAUGGUAAUAGGAUACAAGGGCGGGCCGGACAGGUGAAAAAUGCGUUUUUGUUUUGUUUAGAUUUUUGCGCUGGGCACAGCACCGCUCUCUAUCUAUCCAUACCCCAGGCGUCUUGGCCGACUGCAGCACCUGCCCUAUAAGACGGCCCCCGACUUUUGAGAACAUUUUCCUGGGUUGGUUAAAAAGUCGUCCUGUACGCUGAAAAAUACGGUAUUUAUAUUAUAUUUAAAAAAAACUAAAAAAAAACAAAAAAUAUAUUUACAGCCCAGUUUGUGGUAAGGUAACUUUUUAUUGUUUGAAUUUUGAAAUAAAGAGCUCAUACAUGAAAAAUAGAAACUGGAAUUAUUUUUUUUUUGUCAGUUUAGUGGCCAUACAUGUAAGCGCUUGUUCGACCAACAGGUAUUAUUAACUCAACAUGGCCGAGUGUGCAUGUGUCCUUACUAGGGAGAGAAGAGUUAGCCGCUACCAGGCACCUUCAGUGUCAUCUUAUCUCCUUUGAGAGCAAAAGGACGUCAUCUGUCAGGCAAGAGUUGGCCAAGCUCAUGGAAAUCGGUGGGUUUGACCAACUUUUGCUUCUUGUAUUUAAGAGCAAGUUAGACCACUGCCUGCUGGCAGCCAUUUUCCAGUUUCUUCGGGAAAAAAUAUGGGAUUGCUAAGACUUGAAUAAUACCCUAUAUAUCCAGGCCCGCUAAACUUUAGUGGGAUAGGACAGAUAGAGAUAUAUGGGGAAAAAAAAAAAUGUCUGCAUCAAUAAUUUGUCUAAAAUAUUCAGAAUGUGAAAUUAAAAUCUGCAGAUCUCCAAGCAAACUAGGCAGUGUGAUGCAAAAUCCUGCAUUUAUCUUACUGCACAAAUGAUCCAAACAAUAGUUUACAGCUUUAUUCUAAUAAACCGUGCAAAGAUUUAUAGGCUCCUUAAACACUAUGGGGGAGAUUUAUCAAAACCUGUGCAGAGGAAAACUUGCCCAGUUGCCCAUAGCAACCAAUCAGAUUGCUUCUUUCAUUUUUCACAGGCCUUCGUAAAAAUGAAAGAAGCGAUCUGAUUGGUUGCUAUGGGCAACUGGGCAAGUUUUCCUCUUCACAGGUUUUGAUAAAUCUCCCCCUAUAUUCUAAGUUGCAAAUCCAAUGUUCUGACUGGACGAUCUCUGAUGCAAACCUCCUGAAGUAUAUAUUUAACAGAUGUCAAUUGCCGGCUGUAUCAAUCACUCAUAGGCUCCCACGUUGGUGAAAAACAAAUGUAUACUGCACAGUAUACAUUUUGUGUUCCUUAAUUAUCAAGUGUCUCUAAAUGGAAUAGUGCAGUCUUCUACUUUAUCCCAUAUAGGGAGAAAAUGGCCAAAAAGACUUUACAUUAGUGAUGUAAAAAAUGGCCCCAUCUGGCAUAAUUGUUUAAUAAUACAUUGACUUUAAUAGAAAAAAGAAAUUGCUAAAUUGCCAUCCAUUUUUAGGCUUCCUAAAGUAUUGCAAUGCCUACAAAAUAUUUCUAAAAAAUAAGGAAUCCCCCCUAAUCUUAAUGAUUCAGCAAAAUAAUUAAAACACUUUAACUUGCAAAUAUAUUACUCUGUGAGGAUGGGGCUAUAUGGAGGCAUCUUAAAGGGGUACUCCACCCCUAGAUAUCUUAUCCCCUAUCCAAAGGGGAUAUCUCCUGCUGCACCCCAACAUCAGCAUCCUGAUGCUAUGUUCUCUCCGUGGCUAAUGACGGGCGAUACAGGGGACGGGGUAUCGUGAUGUCACGGCCCCGCCUCCUCAACGCAAAUCAAUGGGAGGGGGUGUGGCGGCCGCCACGCCCCCUUGCAUUGAGGGGGUGGGCCGUGACGUCACGAUACCCUAUCCCCUGUAUCGGCCAUCAUUAGGUUAUAGCUCUGUUCACUGGGAGAUAGAAUAGUUCCGAAAUACUAGUUAUUAGCCCAAUGUAUUUUGCAUUCAAAAGCUUAAAAUUUUCCAGAUAUGCAGUUGGUACAACCUACCUAUUUUCAAAAUGAUGUGUAAUUUUUGUGACAGCUUUGUGUCUAAACCAUGGAAUUAAAAAAAAUAAAAAAACUGCACACCGUAGAUCUUUGAUCUUGUAAAAGACAGUUUUUGUUUUCACUUUCUAAACCGGAUGAGUGAAUGUAUCUAAAAUGCCUCUUGCAACCAUCGUAGUUACUCUCCGUAAAAAAAAAUCCAUGUUUUUUCUUUAGCUCCAUUUAGCAACUUUUCGACAAUCCUGUUGUCCACUAUACUAUGUCACGUCAUACAUCCUAAGUGUAGGGUCACACCUGCCGUAUUUUGCUGCUGCGUAUUUUGCUACCCAUUGACUUAAAUUGGUAAGAAAAUAUGCAGCAGCAGAAAAUGCGGCAUGUAUGAAGCUUCCCUAAAAAAAAAACCUUGUGAGACAACCUAAUCUGGAGAACUGUACAGCAAGCAGCACUUAAAUGCAAAAAAUUGUUGCAUGGCUGAAUUACUCAUAUUUUAUGCUGCGGUUGUGCCGACAGUAGUCACAGAGGGACUGCAGAGUGGGCUCCUGGCAGUGGCCGGAUAGCUCUCUCUCUGCUCGUGGCGGCGGAUUUCUACAGCGAGUGACCUCAUGACUAGUAAGUGUAAACUUACAGGUCAUGCAUGCUAAACACUACUGCAGUCAAGUAUAGAAAAGUCCAAAAAAGUUGUGAAAGACCUUUUGCAGAAUUUUUUUUUCCCCAGAUUUUGCACUAAGUGUGAUAGGUGGCACCAACAUAGCUAAAGUCUUUAGAUUUAACCCAUGAAUACUAUUUUCAUUAGCUGAAGGGCUCUUCAGCUACUGAAAUUCAUCUUUUAGAUUACUUCACAAGUUUGGAACUACUACAUUUUCAGGUUGCUACACUGCAUUGUCCUCUUCCAGCGACCCAUAUACAUGUUUGUUUUUUUCCUUUUUAAUAAAACACUAGUACCUAAUGUGUUUCUUAGUUUUUAUUUGCAUUUAUAAAAAAAAAAUAGAAAAAGAAAAUAAAAAAAUAAGUUUGCUACAUUUGUAAAAUGUGAGAGGAAUAUAUUCUAAAUAUAUAUUUCUAAUGUACAUUUAAGCUACACUUCUGUUCAGGUUUUUUUUUUGUUUUUUGUUUUUUUUUUGUUAAGGAAAAUUAAAAAAAAAAUCCCAAGGAUUAAAAUAUUUUUUCAAAAAAGUGAAAUGCUAAAAAAUAAAAAAAAAAUACAGAAAACUGCCUCUUUUCAAAGCGGAUACAGUGUCUAAUCUUGUACAGAAAUGCAAAUUUAAAGAUAUAAUCUUUAUAUUAAAAAUCAAACUAUUGACUUCUAAAUGUUAAAACCAAGUUUUUUUUUUGUUUUUUUUUUAACACAGGUCGACGAGUGGGAAGGGAAAAAAAUUUAGUUUAUUUACUGAAAAACAAUUAUAAAAAUUAACUUGAUUUUUUUUCUUUUGUGUAAUUUGUUUUUGGAACAUUGUGCAAUAUUUGAUGGCCUACUGGAGUGUUAAGUUUCAGAUGUACAGUUUAUAUUGUUCCAAAGUUUUUUAAGUUUGUAUUAAAAAGCAUGA